CAAAAUCCUGAAUUGCAUGGACAACCCAGGGCCGGGGAGCAAGUGCGAGGGAGGGAAACAGACAGAGUGACAGGAGAAAGUGGAGGAGGAGCAGGAGGAGUGUCCGUGGUGCAGCCGCCCUGCUCCCAAGUUCACUGAACUCUAGAUUUCAGAAGUUAACCAGCUCCGGCGUGGAGUCGGUGAGCAGGUCCCGGGACGGCUCAGCCUGUUGCCCCGCCGCGGAUGGCGAGCGAUGAGUGGAGCAGGAUCGAGCAGGCGAUCCGUGCGGGCCUGGGCCACCUCCGGCAGCGGUACCUGCGCAGCACCAGAGGCCGGCCGGAGGAGAGGCCUCCGCCGGAGCCCGGACCCGAGCGCCCGCUGAGGAACCUGCCGGUGGAGGUCCAGCUUUACAUCAUGGCUUUGCUGUCCCCCAGAGAUCUGUGCCAGCUGGGGAGCGUUAAUCGUUACUGGAACACCAUGGUCCGUGACCCACUGUUGUGGCGCUACUUCUUACUGCGGGACCUCCCUCACUGGAAAUCUGUUGACUACAUUUCACUACCAGAUGCAGCCUUACUCAGUAAACCGCUCACAGAUACGACAGAGCAGGACUAUAUGGCAGCGUAUUUGAGGAGCUGCCCUGAGGGCCGAAAGCAUUGGAAAGCGAGCCACCCAGUCUACAGCUCAGUGACUUCCUUCCUUUACUCCCUGGUGUCUCAGUCAGAACCUCGGUUUGCCAUGUUUGGACCUGGUCUGGAGCAAUUGGACACCUCACUGGUUACAAAGAUGAUGAAUUCACCGAGGCUGCUGCCUGUGGCAGGCUUACCACAGAGGCAGAUCGAUGGAAUUGGAUCAGGAAUCAGCUUCUAUUUCAACAAAGAACACAAGUUUAACAUCCUGACUUUAUAUUCAACAACCUGGAAGGAAAGAGAAUGUGCAAGAAGAGAAGAAAACACACCCAUUAAUAAACUGUUUGUGCAACAAGAAGUUGAUGAUGUAGGUGAUGGAGAGAGUGACCUGCAGCAGGGGACAACUUACAGCAUCAUCCCUCAAGUCCAGCAGGUGUGCAGGGUAGUGGACGGCUUCAUCUAUGUGGCAAAUGCUGAAGCAAGGAGAGAGCACAAUCGAAGAGAGGAAAUUCUCCAAAUCCAGGCGAUGAUCAAUCCAGCUCUUGGUCCUCCAGGCCGUCCACUCCUAGUAUUGUGUUGCGUUUCCCAACCUGACAUCCAUCGGAUACCCUGCGUCUAUGUAUCUCACCAGUUACAGUUAUCCCUGCUGGCUGUGCCUUGGCUAGCACAAGAUUCCGAUGCAGAGACUCUUGUUGGCUUUCUUGAGGGCAUCGAAUGGAUUCUUCGGGAACUUGGGAGAUUGUGAAUCCUUCGAGGGACAGCUGCGGCUUAAGAAGGGGACCAUGCUGAAGAAUGGCAUUAGAUCUAAGAAGUUCAUCUAUCCUCGUCUCAUCAGAAUAAACUGCUGUUGAAACUGUAUCAUGGAGGGUUGAUGCUGCUGAAGCUUUCAUCAGUCCUGUGUGUUUGGGACCACCUUCCUUUUGUAUUAUAUUAAUAAAUAUCUCUGGGUGGA